CCAACGAAGUCCUAACAUCACGAAGCAAUGCAUUCACAAAUCUUACCUAUUAUCCAUAUUAGCAAAGUGCUCAUUGAGAGCCGCAAUUUCAGGUCCUUUGUUUCAACAUCUUUUUAAUCAUCCCUAACAACAUAAACGGGGCUGGACUCAAAAAAGGCCCGACCUUGGUGCUCUUCGGUUCGUUCAAAUUCCGGGACUGGCGCCUGGCUGAGCAGGAUCAUUGAACACUUUUUGAAAUUAAACGUUUCCCCUGUCUCUGCCAUCUCUUCUCCGCACUUGACUUCCAGUCACUAUUCUGGAACUGGGGGAGGAGGACUCGGCCCACUAGAAUUUGAUCCAUCAUAUCGGACAAUGAGAUCGUUCAUACGUUCAUUCACACAAUAGGGGGAAAAGAUUGGGGCAUCAUCUCAAUUGAGCCCAGUCGCCCUUGAGAAGAUGAAUCAGGAGGGCAAGUUGUUCCUGUUUGGAAUCAACUAGAAGCCCCGAAGACUCGAAUUCAUUGAUCUAUAUUGCGUCCCAGUGUUUUUGUCUCCCAGAUCCAUUGCUCAUUAUUUGAGACCAUGUGUUGGGGAAUCCCUGAUCAAGAGUCGUCCACCGAUAUGGAUCUGACCCUAACUAGACGACCAACCGGGACUAGACGGAGGCAAUUGGAAUGGUUGACCAAUUUUGUCUUGGUUGUGGUGUCGCUCUUUGGUUGCUCAGUGGGUUGUGGUCUUUUGGGUUUUUACAAGAUCCACUUGCUCAGCUUUGUUUCGUUUGAGUUCUACAUCAUUCCGUUGGUCUUGUUGGGUGGUGGACUAUUUACCCUAAUGGUCUCAGUGGUUGGCCUUUUGGCCACUUCCAAACGGAGCCCCUGCCUUCUUGUCUUCUACGCAUUCUGCCUUUGUUUGGCAUUUUUGGUUUUGGCUGCAGGCGUGGUCUCUUCGGUCAGGAUCAUUUUCAUAAUCUAUCUUGGAAUAGACCACGGAUUGGCAUUGCCACUCGUAAAAGAAUAUGGCACGGAUCCGCAUGCGACAGAAAUUUGGGAUUCCUUGCAAGAAACAUAUCGAUGUUGUGGUGCCGAAACCACUUUUGACUUGGGAUACAUGGUUUGGCAAACAAAUAAGCAGCUACAAGCCCAUCACGCCGUCCCCGACAGUUGUUGCUUAAAACGGAAACGAGAUUGCGGUUAUGACAUUUUUGUAAAACACGAAUUGAUCAAAAUGUCGGAAUAUGUUAAAAAGAUCCAUGUGCAUGGAUGCAUUCGAGCAAUGGAAUAUGUUUUAAAGGACCACGUUGCGCCUAUUUUAUUUAUUUUUGCCAUAUCUGGCACAGUCCUAGCCAUUGUCGAGUUACUCGGUGUGGUUUUGGCUUGUUGUUUGGCCAAUGUGAUCUUGGAAGAAAAUCGAGAGAGCUUACGAACCGAAAGGGUGAACACUUUAAAACGCAUGAAGGCUGCUGAAGAAAACUUUGAUAUCUAGACAAUUUCUCUGGCUCACUCAAGCACUCAAAAUAUGUAAUAAAUAUACAAAUGAAAAGCUUCUCGGCAUUCUUUAUGUAUCUGAAGCUUUCAAAUGCUGAUGAAAUUUUUUAUAACGUUAUAUUACAUCGAUCCAAUGAAUUACGCCAGUAAAUACUUCAAUGUACCAAAUGCAGCUUCAUUAGCAUCA